AGAUAUCUUUACCCACAGCUGUGCUAUUUUUGGCUUGGAGGCAGAAUCAAGGUAUACCAAGAAAAAUGGCCACUGCGGCCCUGACCUGUCGAGUGCGGACAUUGCUGUAUGUGCCCAGCAUGCGUGUCCUAGCCUCUAGGGUCCGCCUGUUCUCCAGCUUUGACCAGCAGGAGACAGUAGACACGUCCAUACCGGACCCGCGUAGACAAGGUGAGGUCUCGGACACGGUAUGGCCUGAUGUCCACAUGGGUCCGCUCGGUCCCCGUGACCUGCGUUUCCCCUUCCCUGGUCAUGUCGGGGCGGCCAGCCAACUCUCGUCUUCCCCUCAUCAACAAAUGGUUUCCCAACCGCUGGCUCCCAUGCCUGACAUUCUAACAGACAUGACAGCACAUGAACGUCAGUUUGAUACCGUUCAGCAGUUCCUACACUCGUCUGUGGUGACUGGGGAGGUUCAGCCGGACCUACGAAGUGCCCUGGACAAGAGUGGAGACAUGUUGGAGUGUGUUGCUAUGGACUGUCCAGAAAAACUCAGGAAAGAUUUUGAUGCCUUGUUUACGGAGUUGAGCGCCCUGAGCGACCCCCUGACUGUGAUCACACUGAGCCAGCGCACACAGAAUGACAUGAGCAUCUGGAGCAUGGAUGUGGAACAGGAGCGCGAGGAACUGUUGGGCUGUUUUGUGACUGCAGCUCAGCAGAUCUGUGAGGACCUGAAGAAGGAAGGGUACUGGGCAGACUUCAUAGAUCCAUCCUCUGGGAGAGCGUUCUUUGGACCAUAUACCAACAACACAUUGUUUGAGACCGACGAGCGCUAUCGUCACCUAGGCUUCAAGAUCGAGGACCUCGGCUGCUGCAAAGUUAUAAGCCAUAAACUAUGGGGAACACAUGUUUAUGUAGGAAGCCUUUAUACCACAGCACCUACAGACAGUCCUGCUAUGCAAACGCUGCUCAACAAAAUAGCAGGAUAGCAAAGAGAAGUAAAACAUCAUCUCUACAACUAGCCUAACAAUUGACCAGCCCCAUAGCCCAGUCACCACCUCUGUCAAAAUGUACAAAUGCAAAUUGAACAAACAUGUAGUCACUCUCAUUGGUUGUACUGCUCAUUCCCAUUCUCUCAUUGGUUGAAGUGCUAAUUUUAAUUGACAAAUCAGGAUUGGUCUAUUGCUUUUGACAAACAGUAUUAGGAUUAGAAUGUUUUAAGUUAAAGGAAUUGUUGCACAUUUUAUGGUGCGGUAUGGCCAAAGGUGACUGGAAUGCCAAGGCACAAGUCUGUGACCCCUUCACAAUAUGCAACCUGGCCUGUAGUGCAGAUACUGCAUGUAGGUGUCAUCUAGUCUGUAACCUUUCACUAACUCUUUUACCAAAGCAGAUUUGGUGCCAAAAGGCUACCUUAUCAGACUGAAGUUUGGGUAAAAAUCACAGUGCAAUGUGGAUGGUUAGGUUAGCAAAGUCAUGGCUGAAAAUGUGUACAAGAGCCUCAUGGAUAUCUAUGGUCCAUGUCUGAUAGGAGGAAAUGACUUUGCCUCUUAUUUUGUGGUAUAGUUUCUCUUAAUAAAUGACAGAAAUCAGUA